CAUGAAACAUGGAAGCAACGCUGUUUUGAUAUAUACUGUUAAAGAGUAUAAAGUUAACAAACACAGAAUGCUAUCCAUUUCAAAAAUCACGUGUUAAGUUAGUAAUGUAACAGUUUACUUCAAGAAGCUAUUUUAUAGAUUGUUUCAUAAUAUGAAUAGUUGAAUCAACUUUACUUGUUUUUAUCGUACAGCAUGACUAUUAACACUACACAAACAGUGAGUAGCACGUAUUUCGUGAGCCCUGUUACAAUCCAAGACCCUAUGUUUAUCUCAUGGGAUGACGCAACGUGGAUCAUGACAAGCUCUUUCAUCAUCUUUACAAUGCAGUCUGGAUUUGGAUUACUUGAAUCUGGUUGUGUCACCAAGAAAAAUGAAGUAAACGUCAUGGUGAAGAACGCCGUGGAUGUCAUAUUUGGUGGGCUUGGUUACUGGAUGUUUGGCUAUGGGCUGAGCUUUGGAAAAGACGUAGGCACAAACCCUUUUAUCGGGGUUGGUUCAUAUUUUGUGGAUGCCGAUGAAGAAGAGAUGGGUUCAGUUUUUGCAACUUACAUAUUCCAGCUAUCAUUUGCUACAACAGCAACAACCAUCGUUUCGGGAGCCAUUGCAGAACGGUGCAGUUUCGUGGCUUACUGCAUCUUUUCUUUUUUCAACACCGUCAUAUUCUGCAUUCCAGCUGGUUGGAUAUGGGGCAAUCAUGGAUUCCUCAGAAAGCUUCACGUGGUUGACAUCGCGGGUUGCGCCGCAGUACAUUUGGUAGGUGCCUCUUCAUCGCUUGUGGCAGCCUUGAUGUUGAAGCCUCGAACGGGCCGUUUUGAUCACGGCACUGAUCCACUGCCAAUGGGUUCACCAACAAAUGCUUUAGUGGGAAUGUUUAUGCUUUGGUGGGGCUGGCUGGGUUUCAACUGUGGCAGCACGUUUGGAGUUUCUGGCCACAAAUGGAAGUACGCUGCUAGAUCUGCUAUCGCUACUAUUAACUCAUCAGUGGGUGGUGGGAUGAUCGCUCUUACUUUGAGCUAUAUAUUACACAACAAAAAGUUUCUGGUAUUGGACUUGAUCACUGGAAUCCUUGCUUCUCUGGUAUCUAUAACGGGUGGGUGUGCUCUUUAUCAUCCAUGGGAAGCCCUUAUCGUGGGUAUGGUUGGAUCCUUGUUAGCCAAUUGCAUGGCCCGUGUGCUUAACAAGCUUAAAAUUGACGAUCCUGUUGGAGCUAUCUCGGUUCAUGGAAGUGGCUCUAUCUGGGGAAUGAUUGCAGUAGGAUUAUUAGUGGAAAAAGAUUCUCUACUGCUCUUGAGUAAAGAAAACGCCGGACUUUUCCGUGGAGGUGGAUGGUAUCUUUUGGGAGCACAGACACUGGCUAUCAUUACCAUCAUGACAUGGAGUGUUGUAUGCACUUAUAUCUUGCUAUUCGCCAUCAACAAGAUUAUUCCGAUUCGAAUGUCUUUGGAAGACGAGCUAGCAGGCGCCGACUUCGUAGAGCAUAACAUUCGUCAUGAAUGGCAACAGAAUGUUCAACUUUUUACCAUCACUACACAGGAGGAAACCAUGGAUCCAAAUAUUGGAAUAACAGUUGAACCAUUACAGAAGGAAAGCUAUUUAAAUACUUCAGAGUAUGAGAAUUUCAUCGACACUCCUAUACAGGCGGAUGAAAUAGAACCACAAUCCAGAAAAACAAAGGAAGCGUGGAUAAAUGAAAGUGACCAAUCUAUUUUUCCUAGUUAAGACGAACCAUUUUAACUUUUAUACAAGUCUGUUUUAUUUCAACGUAUUGUGAUGACAUAACGUAA